AGAAGGGCAAGGGACAAAGAAUUGAAUACGAUGCAACUCCCAACCCCGCUAUCGCGCUAUAUCGCACCCCUCAACUCCCUACGGCGGAAAUGGCGCAAUCAACAGAGCUCAACAACAACCGAUGAAAUCGACAAUAUUUCUUUGUCGAGUCGUCUACGCGAGGUCUUCCUUCGCACUUGGGACCUAGGCUUCACGGCCUUUGGGGGGCCACCGGUGCACUUCCAGAUCCUGUAUGCCCGUUUCGUGGAGGGAAAGGGCGGCAAGGAACCAUGGGUGGAUGAGCAAACGUAUCAAGAGCUGUUUGCAAUAUGUCAAGGUCUUCCCGGGCCUGCGAGCACGAAAAUGGUAUUCUGUCUCGCGUUGUUACGUGCGGGGUUUGUUCCUGCGUUGAUGGCGUUCUUCCUGUGGAGUCUGCCUGGUGCAAUCGGCAUGUACGCCCUCUCGCUGGGGGUGCAAAAUAUAAGUGAUACACUCCCGCUGCCCGUCUACGCGUUGCUCUCUGGUCUCAACGCGUCUACGGUGGGGAUCGUCGCCCUUGCCGCUGUGCAGCUGUCUGAAAAGGCGAUCAGGGAUCGGCUCUCGCGCAUCCUGGUGAUAUUUGGGGCGUGUGCGGGCCUGUGCUAUAGUGCGCUAUGGUACUUCCCGAUUUUGAUUCUUUCAGGAGGCUUUGUCACGGCUGUUUGGGAUGGGUGGGCACAGGGACUCAUAAGAAAGAUGAGGAGCUCAUGGCGCAAUCGGCGCAGUCGGCAUGCUGAGGCCGGGGAGCUGGACGAAGCCACGGUGACUGCUAUCUCUAUACCACUGGAGGAGAAUACGAGUCGCCGAGGUCAAACGAUGCGACCGCGCAGAACACCACCAGAGACCCCGCCCGAUGCAGACUUGCUUCCGGUCAAUGGAGGAAGGAGCGAUAAGUCACAAAACCAUGUCAUCCGUGUCCGCGUUGGCCUUGUUAUUCUCAUCCUCUUCUUCGCAUCCUUCAUCGGCGUCCUCGUCGCAAGAGCCCGGUUGACCACACCCCCCUUAAUUCUUGACCUUUUCGCCAACAUGUACCUGGCCGGCACAGUCAUCUUUGGCGGUGGUCCAGUUGUAAUCCCCCUGCUGCGCACCUACGUCGUCGAUCCUGGCUGGGUCUCAGGGAGAAAUUUCCUCAUCGGUCUGGCCAUCAUUCAAGCCUUUCCCGGCCCCAACUUCAACUUCGCCGUGUUUCUCGGCGCACUCACCUUGCAGAACUCGCGCUGGCCAACCAUCUUCGGCGCAUUGCUGGCAGCGUUGGGAAUAUUCGUCCCCGGUCUCACGCUGGCCGUCGCUGUCCAAAGUUUCUGGCGCGUCCUCCGAAAGAGAAAAUAUGUGAUCGACUUCCUCCGCGGUGUCAACGCCACGGCGGUGGGGCUGGUUUUCACGGCCGUCUAUCGCUUGUGGGAGAUCGGGUACUUGACUCCGGGAAAGAACGAUGGGCAGAGUCUCGCCAACGAGCCGUGGUGGGUGGUGGUUGCAGCUGUCACGUAUGCGGAGAGCGCCUGGUUCAAUGUACCCCCUGCCAUCGCGAUCAUUCUUGGAGCCCUGCUAGGGCUAUGUUGGUAUGGCGCUGUUGGAAUGUAGCCAGUGGUUCAUUUCGGGAAUGAUCAUCGCGAUCUAAUACGAGAUUUAUGCAAGUCGCCGGGCUACGCCACGUCCAUUUGCCAAUUGCCGUUGAGUAAUGCGGUGGUCCAUG